CCAUUUAUAGAAAAGCAAAGAUCGCUUUAAGUUCCACAGCGUUGCUUUCUUUAAGAACAAGCGCAAAAAAAAAAAAAAAAAAAAAAAAAGAAAAAUGGAGAACCAGCUUUGCAAGCUCUUUGUCGGCGGCUUGAACGUCCAGACAACAGAUGACGGCCUUCGCCAGCAUUUCGAGCAGUACGGGGAGCUGACCGACUGCGUUGUUGUCCAAAACCAGCAGCUCAAGCGCUCCCGUUGCUUCGGGUUUGUGACCUACUCGACUGCGGAGGAGGCUGAUGCAGCAAUGGCGGGUAGGCCUCAUGUUGUAGACGGCAACAACGUGGAGCUGAAGAGAGCCGUGGCCCGGGAAGACGCCGGCAAACCCGAGGCCCUUGCCAAGGUGAAGAAAAUCUUCAUCGGUGGUUUGAAAGAGGGCGUGGAGGACGAACACCUAGCAAACUACUUUUCCCAGUUCGGUACACUGGAGAAAGCCGAAGUGAUCACCGACAAGCAGACGGGCAAGAAGCGCGGCUUCGGCUUUGUGUACUUUGAAGACAACGACUCUGCUGACAAGGCCGUGGUGCUCAAGUACCACACCAUCAACGGGCACAAAGUGGAGGUGAAGAAGGCCCUCUCCAAGCAGGAGAUGCAGGCCGGCGGCGGCAGGGGGAGAGGAGGGCGCGGAAGAGGACAAAAUAGCUACGGCGGUGGCAGGGGAGGUGGCGGGUACAACAGCUAUGGCGGCGGCUACGGGGGCAAUGAUGGCGGCUAUGGCGGUGGCUACGGGAGCGGUGGCGGCUAUGGAAGCAGCGGCGGAUACGGGGGCAGUGGCGGCUACGGAGGAGGAUACGGAGACCAGAUGGGCGGCUAUGGCAACGGAAACGGGUACAAUGACUUUGGCAGCAACUACGGCCAGCAGUCCUCCGGCUACGGGGCGAUGAAAGGGGGUAACUACUCCUCCGGCAGAAGCAGCGCACCAUACUCCAGAGGUGGCGGCGGCUACGGCAGGGGGGGCUAUGGAGGCUCCUACUAAAGCGAGGCCUGCGUCGCUCCCGCUGCGUGGCUACACAAAGAGCGGCUCCAUCACCUAGCCGGUAAGAAAUUUAUGAUCCUAUUGGAUUCCCCAAAAACAGAACUCAGAACAGUACCACUGUACAUUGAAAUAUCUGGCAAAAUUAUGGACGCUGAACCCCAGCCUUAUCAUUAAGAAAGGAGACCUCACAAUUCCAUGCUGGUUCAAAAAAGGUAAUAAAAUCCUUACCGGCAAAACAGACAGACUUAACUUAAAUGGCCACAUCUAACUGUUGCAGUACCAGUUUAAAACCAGUUUAGAUUGCACGUGUUUUUAUUUAACUUCUUUUUUUAUUUCUUGUAAACGACCCAGAGUCUGUUACAAACUUAUCUGGACUAGGUAAAAACAUAUGGUCUUGUUCUGUAUUCAUUAUAUAUAAAUAUGAGAUUCCAUACUUGGAGCAAAUAGCACGGAUCUUGUCCAGUGUAGUUAGAUAUGUCUGUAUAUAUCUAGUUCUCCCCCACCCACCCACACCCGCCACCCCUUUAUUUUUUUUUUUUAUUUUUUUUUAAACAAACGUACUGUAAUUUUAAGCAUAAAUUAGCGUUGUGGCAUUUUUCCCCUCUAGUCCUAGGAUUCGCUGGGUCAAAUGCAGUGAACGUGAAAAUGUAAUCCAAUAGUACCUUCCAGAGAUGGGGGAGGGGUACAUUAGGAGUCUUCAGAAAUGCAUUUAAGAAUGUCUGAUUUCAAAUUCACCUCGAUCUUUAGAACUGGCACUGCCAGGAUUGUUGCUGGAAUGUGGUAAUGUAUGGUAACUUGGUUUCACUUCACGUCUAAAUGUUGCAGCCGCCUAUAUAUAUUUUGUUGAUAUGCAGUACUUAACUUGCAUUUGUCAUUUACUAUAUGCUAAAGUAACAUUGUUAUUGCUGUGAAUAUAGAUAGUUGUUUUUUUUGCAGGAGCUUCAUACAGAAGCGCAAUUCGCUAGAUUUCAUUGUUUUUAAUUUCAGAACCUGUAGGAGCUCAGUGUACCUUAGCAAGCAUGUUCACUGCAGUUGACCAGAAGCGUGUUUUAAAUUUUCCAGCGGGGUAUUUUUGGGGGAGGGCAAUGGAGUAAAAGGAAUUCUGAAAUAAGAGCAUGGAAACCAUUCGGCUACAAGUGAUAUCUGGAGCAACUGGUAUUUUGGAAGAAGGGGGUGGGAGCGAGGGAGUGUAGUCUUCAGCUAGUGAAGAAAUAAAGCUGUGUUUUGAGGCAUUGUAUGUGGUUAAGUUUUUUUGCAGAUAAUCUUUACACCCCAUAAAAAAAUUCAAACGAGAUGUUCUGGAGGAGUGGUCGCUUUAGAAGACAACAAGUUUAUUGUCAUGCCUUCCAUUGUGUGAUACACCUGGUGCACGUUUUAACCUCUUAGCAUUGUUAAGUACUGGUAUACAAUUGUAUGUUUCUCUUCACAUUUUCUUUUUUAUUAAAUAAAGCAAAAAAAAAAAAAAAAACAGGUUAUCUUACUUUAUGCUGUAUUUAGUACCCAACACGACUUAAAUCAACCAGCUUAGGAAACAUAAGAGGUAAGGCCCCUAUGAUCCUUUACACGUUUUUUUGCAACAAUUUCAUUUUUACCUUUUUGAUGUGUGGACUGACCAUUUUAUUUUGUGGUCUUCAAAUGGUAGCCUACAUUCUGCUCCCCAGAUUCUCGAAUAUGAAGAGGGGGAUCUCCCCCACCCACCCCGAAGACCAUUAUGGAGACUUCACACCUAGUACCACCCCACCCUCCCCCAUACUACCAAGGGUGUAAAUUAAUACAUUGGUAUCCAAACCGUUUUUCUAGUUCCCUCAAAACAAGGGAAAUAGCUUCCAACAUUGAAUAGCUCAACCAAUCCUGUAGUAUUUCAAAAUAAAGGUUUCUGUGACCUGUUUUGACAGCAGGUUAAAUAUUUUUUGUAACAUGACUAUACAGAGUUUAAAACUUCCAAUUUGCCAAACCAGUCCGUGGUCAGGGCUUCAGGGUGGAUCUUCAUUCCCUAUAUUCUGGAAUGCCUGCAGUUGUUCCGUCUGAAGAGCUGAUGUAACUAUAGGUGAAGUGUAAUAUGGGUGCUAUAUAUAUAUAUAAACAUUUCAAACUUAUUUAGGAAUACACAUGAUUAUAAAGUUUUGGUUUAUCCAAUAUUUAUGUACAAAUUUUUAUUUAUAAUCUUAAUAUUUUAAAUCUUAUUUUUUAUCAUGCAGGUUUGGUCUUGCAUAAUUUAGUUUUCACACUAGGAAAAAAUAUAAAUAAUCGACCUGUGAAGUUGAAGUACCUUUUAAAACUAUUUACAACUUUGUGCUGUCUGUCCCAUAGCUGAAUAAAAAUGCAUUCAAACUUGCAAAUCCUGUUUAAAAAUGGGGGUCUGGCUGCUUCGGACUUGCCCUAUAAGGAUGGAGCAAGCACCAGUAGCAACUAUAAUAUCCAAUUUCAUAAGUAUAAAAAAUGUCAAGUGUGUGUUUUCAUUUAUGCGGAGUGGCUUGAACUGGUCACACAGCAAUUUAAUUGUUUUUUUUGAUGCUCAAUAUUUUAAUAGGGUGUUCAGCUGGUGUCUAUGUAGGCUUGAGUAAACUACAUAGGAUGCCUUCUCGUGGAGGAGUGGUUGGCUUGUUCUAAGGGUUCUGAUUAUUUCUGAUUCCUAUAUUCAGGUAUUCAUUUUGUAAUCCUGGUACCUCACAAAUAGCUGUAGACGUUUGUUUAUACGGGGACCCUGUUCAGUACCCGGGUUCGACAUUGUGAUAGGACUCUGAAAAGUUUCUCAUUAGGAUCACAACCUGCAAUACUAGUAUAGUUACUGAAACCGCACAGAAGUGUUUGCAGGGGAUGUAACCAUAUUGUGCAAGGAUAAGCGAGCAGAAGCAAGGUUUGUGACUUCUCACGCAUUACUUUACCUAAGUUUGCCAUGACGUUUGAUUUCAAUAGGGUAUGUUUUAUAAAGAAGCUAACAAAAUAUUGUCAAUCAACUUGCUUCUGCAUUUUACCCUAUGUGGGUCAAGUUGUUAAAAUUAAAUUCUGGCUAGUGUUAUGUGCUGAGAAACAUUUUAUUAAGUAGCAUGUUUUAUUAAACAUGAUGCCCAUUUAAACUGUUAGUUUGGAGUCUAAGAUUUGUUAUUUUUGUCUCCAGACAGCACUCAGUGAUUGGAUGGUAAUCCCUUGACAGAUGAGCUCAGGCCCAGGUCCAGAGUCAUUAGAGGAAAGACUGUACACACAGGAUUCACUUGUUCGGCGUCAGCGGUUGGUCUUCGUAUACCGUCACUCCCUGAAGUGGGCUGAGGUUGGUCUCCAUGGGCCUGGAGUGCAUCUUUACCCAGCGAUUCUCAACACCAUGGAACGCCGUCCUUAAAGACUUGGCUCGGGUUCAGCACAGGAGUUCAGAUCAUUGUUAAACUGAGUGUACCAACUGGUCCUGGAUUAUAACUGUGUCGUGUACAGCACUUUGGGAAGCUUUAGUAUUGCAUUGUGAAUUAAUUAAAAUGUAUUUUGAAGUAGUUUUCUAAUGUUGUUGGCGGUUUCCAAAAGCUAAGAAACCAGAGUGUAGUUUGCAAUGACUGAAUGAAUUUUAAAAAUAUUAAAUUAAACUUAAUUUAUUUAAACUUAAAAA